UUUAUUCCAAUUCCAAUGGAGCAGAGUCAACCACCUCCAACUACACCAACACCAACACCAACACCAUCAACAUCCACUCCACAACCACCUGAACAACAACAACAACAACCUCAACCACCACCAUCUUCUACAACUACCACCAUAACAACUACUACAUCAUCACAACCAGUAAUCUUAAACCCUACUAAACCCACUACUACAGCUGCCACAUCAGCUCAACAACAAAACCCCACUUUACAAAACCCUCAACAAACAACAAGACAACCUCAAACAUUUAAUAACAACAACAGACCAUGGCAGCAACAACAACAACAACAACAACAACAACCUUCACCAUUUCAACACUUCUCUUUACCCCCACCUCCACCCCCACCCCCACCUCACUCAUCAUCAUCAUCUUCUUCUACCUCGGUUUCUGUGCAAAACCCUAGAGGUGGUGGUGGUGGUGGUAUGGCUAUGGGUGUGCCAGCUCAUCAUCCAUCUAGUUCUUUUUCGUCGUUAACGCAGCCUUCUUUUGGGCAGCAAUUUGGUGGGCCCACCUCAACUACUACCUCGCAGGUAAGACAACCUAUACAAGGAAUGCAUGGGAUGGGAAUGAUGGGAUCGCUUGGUUCAACUUCACCAAUGCGUGGACCCGCAGGGGUUCCUCCUCAGCACUUGAGGCCUGUUCCCUCUUCUCUUAGACCUCAGACGAGCAUGAGUAGUCAGUCUGCUGCUACACAGAAUUUUCAAGGCCAUGGCAUGUUGAGAGUUCAGUCAGUGGGUUUUCCUUCAUCCCAAUCACAUACUACAACUACCUCUCAAAGUCCAAGGUCCCUGAAUCAGCCAUGGUUGUCGUCAGGAGGACCGGGGAAGCCUCCUUUGCCGACGACGCCCUCAUUGAGACCUCAAAUUAGUCCUCAGUCUUUGCAUCAAAGUAGGUCCCAUAUUCAUUCGCCACAUCAGCAGCAUACUGUUACUACUACCACAUCCUCUGCCCAACAGUCACAGCCUUCAACCUCAAGUCAGUCCCAUGAUCAUUUGGGCCCACAGAUGCCUCCGUCUAGGAUUCAACAAUCAUUAUCUAAUCAAGCACUUGGCCGGGGCCCGGGAUUAGGAAUCCAGAGACCUUCGUCAUCUCAUGCACUGAUGCAAUCCACUGCGGUCCAGCCAGGACCUCCUAGUAAAGCUGCUACCACUUUAGAGGUGGGGGAUCCUUGUACUAGGAUUCUAAGCAAGAGAAGCAUCCAGGAGAUUGUGACCCAGAUUGAUCCAUCUGAGAAAUUGGAUGCUGAAGUUGAAGACAUCCUCGUUGAUAUUGCAGAGGAAUUUGUGGAAUCUAUUACCACAUUUGGUUGUUCAUUAGCCAAGCAUCGAAAAUCCAAUACUUUAGAAGCAAAGGACAUCCUUCUGCAUCUUGAAAGGAAUUGGAACAUGACCCUCCCAGGAUUUGGUGGCGACGAGAUUAGGACCUACAAGAAGCCGUUUACAAGUGACAUCCACAAGGAGAGAAUUGCAGCAAUAAAGAAAUCGGCUCUAGCCGCCGAGAUGACAAAUGCAAAGGGCUCAGGACAAGCUGGUGGGAAUAUGAAAAGCCAUUUGGCAAAGGGUGCUGCUAACAUUUUGGGUUCCCCUCCUAAUGCCAAGACAUGAAAGCUGUGGUGAAAACAAAAAGCAGGAAAUUGUGAUCUAAUGAAUUUUUUACUUACUGCAGUACUGCACGGUGAAAUUUGGAUUAAAUCUUUUUACUGCAAUAUCAAAUUCAACACCCUAACCUAGAAUGAGUAUUGAGAAAAGAUUUGAAAAUGUACUACGUAUUUGCUUUUGAGCUUCGGAUGGGCAAAAUGUGGGCUGAUUUUCUAGAUUGUCAUGCCUUAUGGUGAUAUUUCUCACAUGUAAAUAUUUUAGACAAGAUAAUACACUCAUCCAUUUGUUCGAUCCUACUAAA